UGGUUGCUGUCCUUCAACAUAUUCAUUAUGAAGUUAUUAGUAAUACUUUUGUUUUCUGGACUUAUAACUGGUUAUAGAGGUAACUCUUCCUAUAGUUUGCCACCCAAGUUACUCCUGGUGUCCUUUGAUGGCUUCAGAGCUGAUUAUCUACAGAAUUAUGAAUUUCCUCAUCUCCAGAAUUUUAUCAAAGAAGGUGUCUUGGUAGAGCAUGUUAAAAAUGUUUUUAUCACUAAAACAUUUCCAAACCACUACAGUAUUGUGACAGGCUUAUAUGAAGAAAGCCAUGGAAUUGUGGCUAAUUCCAUGUAUGAUGUAGUCACAAAGAAACAUUUUUCCGACUUUAAUGACAAGGAUCCUUUUUGGUGGAAUGAGGCAAUACCUAUUUGGGUGACCAAUCAGCUUCAGGAAAACAGAUCAAGUGCUGCUGCUAUGUGGCCUGGUACUGAUGUACCCAUUCAUAACACCAUACCUUCCUAUUUUAUGAAUUAUAGCUCUUCAGUGUCAUUUGAGGAGAGACUAAAUAAUAUUACCAUGUGGCUUAACAGUUCGAACCCACCAGUCACCUUUGCAACACUCUAUUGGGAAGAACCAGAUGCAAGUGGCCACAAAUAUGGACCUGAAGAUAAAGAGAGCAUGGGGAAAGUGUUGAAAAAAAUAGAUGACCUUAUUGGUGACCUAGUGCAAAAACUCAAGAUGUUAGGAUUGUGGGAUAAUCUUAAUGUGAUCAUAACAAGUGAUCAUGGGAUGACCCAGUGUUCUCAGAACAGACUGAUAAACUUGGAUGUCUGCCUCAAUCAUUCAGACUACACUCUUAUAGAUUUGUCCCCAGUUGCUGCAAUACUUCCCAAAAUAAAUAAAACAGAGGUUUAUAACAAGCUGAAAAACUGUAGCUCUCACAUGAAUGUUUAUCUCAAAGAGGACAUUCCUAAUAGAUUUUAUUACCAACAUAAUGAUCGAAUUCAGCCUAUUAUUUUGGUUGCUGAUGAAGGCUGGGCAAUUGUGCUAAAUACAUCAUCACCAAAAUUAGGUGACCAUGGUUAUGAUAAUUCUUUGCCUAGUAUGCAUCCAUUUCUAGCUGCCCACGGUCCUGCAUUUCGCAAAGGCUACAAGCACAGCACAAUUAACAUCGUGGAUAUUUAUCCAAUGAUGUGCCACAUCCUGGGAUUAAAACCACUCCCCAAUAAUGGGACCUUUGGUCAUACUAAGUGCUUGUUAGUUGACCAGUGGUGCAUUAAUCUCCCAGAAGCCAUCGGAAUUGUUAUCGGUGCACUCUUGGUGUUAACCACCCUAACAUGCCUCAUAAUAAUCAUGCAGCAUAGACUAUCUGUAUCCCGUCCAUUUUCCCGGCUUCAGCUACAAGAAGAUGAUGAUCCUUUAAUUGGGUAAUGUACUGGGUAAUGUACAAGAUUUCUUUGAUUAAUCACAAAACUAAGGAUACGUCCAAAGAAUAGUGUUAUAAUUAUGAAAAAAUACACAUUGAAAGACAACUUAGACCAAGCAUGCUAAAAUUAUUUUAUUUUUCCUUGUGUUUUGUUUCAGUGCAUUAGCUAAUACAAAUAACAUUGACCAUAAUAAAAUUGCUAGUAAAUCAUUUGUUAACACCAUCUAUUUCUCUAACUAGAAAUAGCUUUUGAGAAAAAUAUUCUCUCUGCCUUUUUUUUUUUUUUGCAAUGAAGAUAUGAUAUGUUUUUUAAUGAAAAUGUACCAAAAUUUAGUAGGCAUGCUUUUCUAAUAAAUUUAUAUAUUUGUAAAUGAAACAACA